CCACUGGGCCCACAUUGCCUGGCCAGGCACGACCAAAAAGAAAGCAGACAUCCAUCAGUCAAUAUUUACCUCCUGUCUUGACCCCAUUAAGACAGGAGAAGAUAGACGAAGAGCUGGCAAAGAUGAUAGCCACUGACUUCCAGCCUUUCUCAAUAGUGGAGGACACAGGAUUCAAAAAAUAUUCACAGGCGCUCAACCCCUCCUACAUUCCUCCAAGUAGGAAGGCACUAGCCCAGAAGGUCACCGAUAUGUAUGACAGGGAGACAGCAUCUUUGAAGAGAAGGGUGUCAAAAGUACCAGCUGUCUGUUUAACCACAGACUGUUGGACUUCAAGAACGACAGCAUCAUAUAUGUCUGUAACCUGCCAUUUUAUCGAGGAUUUCCGUGUGGCCUCCUGUCUCCUGGACUGUUUUGAAUUCAGUGAGCGGCACACAGCAGACAACAUUGCACAACAGCUGCUUAGUGUUGCAGCAGAGUGGGGGGUGGACAAGAAAGUAGUGUGCUGCCUAACCGAUAAUGCGGCAAAUGUUACUAAGGCUAUACAAACCAUUGGAUGGAUGCACCUACCAUGCCUGGCCCAUACUAUUAACCUGGUGGUAAGAGAUGCCCUGCAAGCUUCAAAGCCCAUCAUUGAUAAGGUGAAAGAGGCAGUGGAAUACUUUCACAGAAGCACCAUGGGGGCACAAAAACUGAAGGAGACUCAACUACAAAUGAAGAUGGAGGAGCUCCGACCAAAACAGGAUUGUCCUACAAGGUGGAAUUCCACCUACUACAUGUUGAAAAGCUUUAUUGCCAGUAAAAAUGCUAUAAUCUCCACCCUGGCCGUCACCAAUGCACCUGUCCGCCACCUGUCCCAGGAGGAAUGGACCACAGUGCAAGAAAUGUGCACAAUCUUGCAACCAUUUGAGGAAGUCACUGUAGAACUCAGUGCAGAAAGCUACUUGACAGCCUCGAAGGUCAUAGUGCUGGCCAGGGGACUUCAAAGAGCCACAGCUGAUUUCCGGCGAAAAACUACAACAGCGGUAGCACAAGGUGUGAUCGACAGUCUGUGUGCAAGUAUGUCAUCGCGAUUCCACAGGAUUCAUGCCAACCACAUACUAGCAGAGGCUGCUGCACUUGACCCGCGUUUUAAGAGGAUGGCCUUCCCUGAUGGCAGAACAGCAGAUGAGACGUUUCAAAGGCUGUCAACUGCAGCAGCAAGAAUUAGCAGUGGCAAACCCAUCCAACAGCAACCAGCUGUGGAAGGACUGGAAGGAGCAGGCAGUGGUGCUGGAUCAAUAGUUUGGAGCUAUUUCCAUGAGGAAGUAGCUGGAACAGUGGAAGCCAGGAAUCCAACCGCUGAUGCUGUCAUGGAGGUGCGAGCCUACCUGGAGGAGCCUCUUCUUCCAACACAUGAGGAUCCCCUCAAGUGGUGGGAGAGUCGAGCCCCUGUUUACCCCAGGCUUAGCAAGCUGAUGGCCAAGAAGCUUUGUGUUGUGGCGACAUCAGUUCCCUCUGAGAGAAUAUUCUCGAAAACUGGACAGAUAAUCUCAGAGAGGAGAAGUCGCCUUAAGCCCAAAAAGGUCAGAGCUCUUGUCUUCCUUAAUGCAAAUUUGCCCAAAGACAAAAAAGAGAGGCAGAAAAAGCCAUAAAGUAAGGAACUGCUUUGUAUUUAUUUACAUUGCAUUUUGUGUUCAUUUAAAACUUGUUCUUUUAAAAACAUUAAAAAUGUUCUUUUGUGAUACUGUUCUUGUAUUGAAAUUUUUCACUAAAAGCUGUUUUCCACAGACAUUCAUUGCAGCCCACUUUGUUAUUGUUCAUUGACUUGAAGGGGCUGAUGUCCUAUUUGCAAAGUUUACAGUAGUAAUAGUAUGUAGUAUGUAGACAUUUCCAUUUUAUUUAUUCUAAUUUUAUCUACUUUAAAUAUUUUUUGUUUUCUAUCAAAAUGUUCUUGUGUGAUAAUGUUCUUGUGUGGAAGUGUUUGUAGUAAAAGCUGUUUUGCACAGAAAUUCAUUGCAGCCGGCUUUGUUUUUGAUGUUUAUUUGUGAGUAGGUAUUGUAUGAAUAACAUAAGUCAACGUAGCUUUACACACACACACACACACACACACACACACUUUGUACUAAAGGUAAAUCCAAAAUAGUGAUGUCACUGUCUAAGCAGAGGGAUUUGUGCAACCCUAUGGAAUAUAGUCCACACAUGACAAAUGAGGUAAUAAUCAAUAUUUCAGAAUAAUUCAAACUCAGAUAUUGGUGUGUGAUAUCCGAGUUUUAAUUAUUUGACUACAAAUCUCACCUCAUCAUUCCUCCCAGUGAUUAUUUCCAGGAUAAACUGAGAUGCCCCCAAGCUGGCUUCUUAAAACUGACUAGAUAUUUAAAAAGAGCCAAAAGAGCUGUUCUUUUGAACGGUUCUUUGAAAGGAACGGAUCGCGAAGAUCCGGAUCCCCUCAAAGAGCCAUAAAUCCCAUCACUACUUUAUAUUUAUAUACACAUACACUUAUUUAUCUAACACACAUACUUAGUAUACACUUAAAUUUUGCACAUAAUAUACAUGUACAUACAUAACUGCAUUUUGUAAUA